UAUCCUACCGUGUUCACUUGUGAAUUCUUAAGUUUAUUGAGGCAUAUAUUCUCUGCUUGUUUUUGGGUUACACAAUUCAAUGUUGCUUUCAACAGUAUCAAGUGCUUUGAUUUUCGUGGAGAAGAGGAGGCUUAUAGAUAUAAUUCCAGUCAGUGUGGUAAAUUUUAUGAAAGAAUGGGAAGUAAGGGUACUGAUUCUCUUCAGCAUUACCCUACAAAUUUUACUAGUCAUGUUGGGCAAUCGCAGGAAGUAUAUUUGUAAGAUUUGGAUAAGAAUCAUUCUUUGGUCUGCUUAUUUGUUGGCAGACUGGGUUGCAACUGUGGCGCUCGGCGUCAUAUCAAAAAAUACUAUUGAUGAAUAUACGGAAGGAAGAAAUGCUGAGGAUCAGUUGUUUUGGUUCUGGGCUCAAUUUUUCCUGGUGCAUCUUGGUGGCUCUGAUUCCAUUACAGCAUAUUCUCAAGAAGAUAAUGAGCUUUGGUUGAGGCAUUUUGUGGGAAUGGUGAUUCAGACUGGAUUGGCUUUCUACAUAUUACUGGUGGCUUUUCCAGGUUCUUCUUGGCUUCCGAAUUUAAGCGUACUUAUUUUUAUGGUUGGUGUAAUUAAGUGUGGAGAGCGAAUAUGGGCACUAAGGUCAGCGCACAGUGAGAAUUUCCGGGACUCAAUGCUCACAGAGCCUGACUCAGGACCCAACUAUGCUAAAUUCAUGGAGGAAUUCACACUGAAGAAAGCUGAGGGAUUUUAUGUGGAGGCGGCUGAGGUUAUAGAAAACCCAGUUCAAAUUGGUCAAUCUCCUCUAGAUCAGAAAAAUCUAAUACCAGAAGCAUAUAAUCUUUUCCAGACCUUUAAGCGUCUCUUCGCUGAUAUCAUACUGAGUUUUCAAGAUCUAGACAAAAGUCGGUCAUGUCUCCAGCAAUCAACUCCCGGAAAUGCUUUUCAUGCAGUCGAGAUUGAACUUGGAUUCAUAUUUGAUGUGCUUUACACAAAGACUUCCCAGGUGUCUAAUUUGGGAGCCAUUGCCCUUCGUCUUGUAACAUUUUUGUUGACUAGCUUUGCACUAUUGGCUUUUCUCUUUCUGUGCGACAAGAGAAAGUACCAGAUGUUUGACUUGGCAGUUACUUACUUGUUGUUGUCUGUGGCAAUUUGCCUCGAAAUAUAUUCUGUGUUUGUUUUGCUAAAUUCGGAUUGGACUGCUAAUUGGCUGAGCAGACGUGUGAGUACUUGUACAUCUCUUGUUGACUGGUGGUGUAAAAGGCAAGCAAAUAAGCGUACUUGUACAUCUCUUAUUGACUGGUGGUGUAAAAGGCAAGCAAAUAAGCGUACUUGUACAUCUCUUAUUGACUGGUGGUUUAAAAGGCAAGCAAAUAAGCGAAGGUGGUCCAAGAAAAUGGCUCAACACAAUUUACUAGAUCUUUGUCUCAGGGACAACCAAGGAGUGUGUUUAAGAAUGCAAAAGGUUCUUCGGCGUAUCCAGAAGCUUCUUCAGAUAGAUAAUUUACUAGAAAAGCACCGGCACAAGACUUAUGUGGACGUCUCUUCAGAGUUAGAAGAUCUAAUAUUUUGUGAAUUGAAUGCAGAUUCGAGGAACCAACGGGGAAGUUUUACCCUGGAAAAGUGCCGCAAUUUCUCACAGGGUAUGACUGAUGAAGGAGAAUUUGAUCAGAGAAAAGUAGAAUUUGAUCGGAUAAUUCUUUUGUGGCACAUCGCUACUGACAUCUGCUAUUGUCGGGACUGGGGUGGCAAUCUCAAUAAUGUGAGUACCCCUUUGACAGAUAUAGAGAAGAAAGCAGAUCAUAGCAAGCACAUAUCAAACUAUUUGUUGUAUCUUCUCGUGUCAUGUCCUUUCAUGCUGCCGAUAGGGAUCGGAAUGAUCAGGUUCCGUGAUACAUGCGCUGAAGCCAGAGAGUUUCUGGGAGAAAGAAAUCUGAAAAAUGGCAAAACUGAAGCCUGCGAGAAGUUGCUUCAAGUGAACACAGAAGUGCGACCGGCUAAAGUGAAGGGGGACAGGAGCAAAUCUGUUUUGUUUGAUGCCUGCGUGAUUGCUAAGUCUUUGCUAGCAGAAAAGGAAAACAAAUGGAAGAUAAUAAGUGAAGUGUGGGUGGAGAUGCUGGCAUAUGCAGCUACUCAUUGUAGAGGGAAUCACCAUGCUCGCCAGCUUCGAAAGGGUGGAGAGUUUCUCACUCAUGUUUGGCUUUUGAUGGCACAUUUAGGCAUCACCGAGCAAUUCCAAAUAUCUCAAGGACAUGCAAGAGCUAAGCUAAUUGUGAAAUAGGAUUUUUGAACGUCUACUACAAUUCCUACGGUUCAAAAUGUUGUUGAAUCUCUAGUGGAUAGUUAAAAGGAAAUCAAUCAGGUUUUUCGAUAAUUUAGACUCCCCCAUUCUUUACAGGUUGAAUUUAUGUAAUGGCUAGGUACAUCCCAACUCUGUUAUAUGUAGUCAAUUUCAAUG